AUGUUGGUGCUAUUCUUUUUGGUGUCGCUGGCCCACGCCUUUUAUGCCAAUUCGAAACACAUUUACGAGCUGACGCCCAAGUCGUUUGACGACGUUGUCUACAAGACAAACCACACAUCCGUGGUCGAGUUCUACGCCCCUUGGUGCGGAUACUGUCAGCAGUUCAGAAGCCACUACAUCAAGGCAGCCAAAGCCAGCUCCGACGUGGCACAGUAUGCUGCGGUCAACUGCGAUUUGCCGGAAAACAAAAAGCUGUGCAACGAGUACAGAAUUGAGGGUUUUCCAACGGUCUUAGUGUUCAGACCGCCAAAGUGGACCGGUAAGGUCACCAAGGAAAAUGGCCAUAGCUCCGAGAUCUACCGUGGUGAGCGGGUUGCCAGCAAGCUCACGGAGUUUGUGAAAGGCCGUGUGAAGAACUAUGUGAAGAGGCUCAAUGCGCGCAAUGUCCCCGGCUUCUUGGCUCCCAAGGACAAACCGCGGGUUCUUCUCCUGACCAGCAAAACGUCCAUCUCGCCCAUGUUCAAGGCAUUGGCAAUUGAUUUUCUCGGAUCGAUGGAGUUUGGCUAUCUGACGGUGACUGACGAGAUCAGAUCUGAGGUCGAGAAAUACGUUGACGUCAAGGAGUUACCGCAGAUCGUGGUGAUUGAUCGCGAUGGGUCGUUCCAUCGGUACGAAGGCCCCACCGAAAGAACAGCCAUAGCGGAGUUUUUGGGCAAUUAUGGAGAGGCAGAGGACGGGGAGACCAGCCCACGCGGGGCUUUCUUGAAGGGUCUGAAAAAGGGUCUGUACAAAAGCUUCAGGGACUUCAAAAAAAGCAGGUCCGCGAAAUCCAAAAGCGCUAAAAACGCCAAGGAUGAAUUAUGA